UUUUAAUUUACUGUAUAGCUUUUGCAGUGUUGCCUUGAUGCAUGAAUAGAAUGUGUAAUUAAAUUUACAGAUUCUGAAGGCUGACUUUCUCUUUCUCUGGACCGUGAAUCAUGUCUUCCUGUGUGGUGAAGUCCAGAGGUAGAAACCUAUACACAUCAGUUCAGGUGGACCCAGACAGUGAUUAUAUCACACCAGGAACAUUAGACCUGGAACAGCUCUUCUGGACCAGCACUGGAGUUAAAUAUGCACAUGUUAAUCAAGUCUGGCCCGGUAUUUAUAUUGGUGAUGAAAAGACGGCUCUGGAGCGGCCUGGCCUGAAGGAUCUGGGUAUCACACAUGUCUGAAUGCAGCAGAGGGAAAGUUGGAACAAUGUGUUGACUGGUGUCGGUUACUACAGCGACAUGGCCAUUAAGUACUACGGCAUAGAGGCUGAUGACAAGCCCACCUUCAACAUCUCCCAAUACUUCUCCCCUGCUGCCGAGUUCAUCCACGAAGCUCUCAGUCAGCCACAGAACAAGGUGCUGGUGCACUGUGUGAUGGGUCGGAGUAGAUCUGCGACCUUGGUCUUGGCAUACCUGAUGAUGAAGCAUAAUUUAACUGUUGUGGAUGUGAUAAAACAUGUAUGCCAGCAUCGUUGUAUCUUACCCAAUCACGGCUUCUUAAGACAGCUGCGAACCCUGGACAUAACACUGCAAGAGGAGAGGCUGAGACAAAAGACACACGCAACCAGCAGCAUACAGUAACAGAACAGUUCAUCCCUCAUACUUUCCUAACAAAGGUAUCUGAGGUAAAUGAAUGUUGAACUGUUUGAAACUACUACAUAAUUAAAGUUUCAUGACACUCUGGAAAAUUCAAGGCUCAUAAUUAAAUGGAACUAAAUGGAAUUAAAUGGAACUGUAUCUGACUCAGAUCCUGUCAUCCAAUUAAUCAAAUAGAAACUAAAGUAUGUUGUAUAGCAAAUUGGAAUCUAUAUA